AGUGCAGGCGCUGCCGCUGCUGCUGCUGCUGCGAGCGAGCGAGCGAGCUAGCUAGCAGGAGGAGGCAGGCAGGCAUGCAAGCUAGGCAGUGGGAUGCACGGCGAGAGCAGACGAGGGAGUUUGAGGCCGAGAGAGACGCGAGAGUAGAGAGAGAUAGCUCGACGAUCCGAGCGCGGGGUCUCGAGGAUAUUGAUAGUUCUGGUGGUUUUGCGGAUUGGGAUGAUGUUGAGAUGAGGUACUGAACCGACCGUUCGCCCGUCGUCGGCCACCCGUUGUGCGGACGGAGUUUUGGUGAGAGAGCGGGACAGAGGAGAGCGUGAGAUAGAUUGGGCUCAGAAGUCAUCGCUCUCGUACUUGCGGAAGAUGGUGUGGUCUGUGAAUUUUGAUGGACUGUUUCCUGCGGUAGACGAGAGUAGGAUGAAGCAGGAGCGGAGCGUGGGCAUUGCAUUGUUUUGCGGAAGCGACGAGGAAAAGGAGGAGAUCUAACGAUCAGCGGGACGGUGUUUGGCCGCCGAUACACGAUGGCUCAGCACAGCUCGACGAGAUGUGGCAGCCCCUUGGGGGUCUUAUGGGGAGGAUUACCAAGCAGCUGUUGUAGCUCUGAUAGAUUUAGCUGGAUUCUCUGACUUGAAUGCCUGCACGGCAGCCUGGUCUCGCGGGGUUCGUGCGCAGGAACUGUUUUUUCUUAUCCAGGGGUCGGGCAUUUGAACAAGUUUUUGGUUUGCUCGAGGCUCUGCACAUUUUUGUGUAUGAGUGUACUGAAGCGAAUCAUCGGCUUUCUCAGUCUUUCACAAUGAUGCACAUUUUCUCCCUUCGACUGUGAUUGUCACAACGUGAAUCAUUCGUGAGGUCGGUCAUUUAGGCGUUUCACAUUCGUUCGUCUACCGUGAGUACCCUCUCUGUGUCCUCAGCUGAUGUUCCUUUUCGCCCUCCCAACAGAGCAGCCAUCGACAUCGGCGACCAAAUAUUAGCAAUUGCGUCUCCCAGUUUCUUCGUGUUCCUCCAGCACUGGCCUUGCUGUCUUCACUUUCACGUACCCACAUGCUUUUUUGUAGUUAAGGGAUGGCGUCAUCAUCCUCUAAGGCCAGGACAAGCUCCCCCUUUCGGUUCAGGAAGCAACCUGCAUCUGUCAAUGGCAAACUGCCUGGACUUUCUCAAAUUCAUACUCCGUCUCAUUCUUCAUCAUCGUCACAGACUGGACCCAGUCCCGCGAAUAAAACUCCUUCUAUAGUAGGAAGGUCCCUCACUCCCAACCGAGGUCGAACCGCCGUCACUAACACUCCCUCUAUUACUCCUCAAAAAUACCGUGUGAGCGCGAACUCUCCUGCCGCUUCUGCAGCAAGCCCAAUCACACCUACCUCUGAAAGGGCCGACUUUCUCAACCGAGCGAAGGAGAAUGUAUCGGUCACCGUCCGCUUUCGACCUCUCAACUCAAGAGAAAUUCAACGUGGUGAUGAAGUUGCCUGGUAUGCUGACGGGGACACAACCGUUAGAAGCGAGUACAAUGCAGCAACAGCAUACGCUUUUGAUCGAGUUUUUGGACCUGCAACAACGACUCGGGGUGUUUAUGAUAUUGCCGCGCAACAUGUUGUUGGUGGAGCCAUGGAGGGCGUAAAUGGUACGGUAUUCGCGUAUGGUGUCACCAGCAGUGGCAAGACCCACACGAUGCAUGGUGACCAAAAAUCGCCCGGCAUCAUACCGUUGGCUGUGAAAGACGUAUUCAGCAUCAUACAAGAGACUCCUGGACGAGAAUUUCUUCUUCGUGUUUCUUAUCUUGAAAUAUAUAAUGAGGUCAUCAAUGAUCUAUUAGAUCCUGCUGGUCAAAACUUGAGAGUAAGAGAAGAUGCCCAGGGAACAUAUGUAGAGGGGAUAAAGGAGGAGGUUGUGCUGUCACCUGCCCACGCUCUUUCUCUGAUCGCAGCUGGAGAAGAGCAUCGUCAUGUGGGAUCAAACAACUUCAACCUGUUGAGUAGCAGGAGUCACACUAUAUUUACCCUGACUGUGGAAAGCAGUGCACGAGGGGAGGGAUAUAACGAGGAGGACGUGACUUUAUCUCAGCUGAAUCUUAUUGAUCUUGCUGGAUCGGAAAGUUCCAAGACGGAGACGACUGGCUUGCGACGGAAAGAAGGGUCUUAUAUCAAUAAGAGUUUGCUUACGCUUGGAACGGUUAUAGCGAAGUUGAGCGAAGGGAAAGCAUCCCACAUACCUUACCGAGACUCAAAGCUGACACGACUUUUGCAGUCUUCGUUAAGUGGCCACGGACGAAUUUCGUUGAUCUGCACCAUUACUCCUGCAUCAAGCAAUAAUGAGGAGACUCACAACACCCUAAAGUUCGCUCACAGAGCCAAGCGUGUUGAGAUACACGCUGCCCCUAACAGAAUUCUUGACGAAAAGUCAUUGAUCAAGAAGUAUCAGAAAGAAAUUAGCAGCUUGAAGCAGGAGCUUGAGCAAUUGAAGCGAGGCAUACUUGAAAAACCCUACAUGGUCACCACCAGUCAGGAAGAUCUUCUCACCCUGCGUCAGCAGCUGGAAGCAGGCCAAGUUAAAAUGCAGUCCCGACUUGAAGAAGAAGAGCAGGCGAAGGCAGCACUUAUGGGAAGGAUACAGCGACUCACUAAGCUAAUUCUGGUCUCCACCAAGAAUACCAUUCCUCACGCAAGCCUUCUUCCAGAUAAACCUGCCCACCGUCGGAGACAUUCAUUUGGAGAAGAAGAGCUUGCCUACUUACCGGAUAAGAGGCGUGAGCUGGUACAUUUUGAUGAAGAAGAUGAAUCCGGCACAGGUAACGCCGAUCAUGAAUCUGGAGAAGGCAAGGGUGACAACAACAGCCUCGAGGAUCACAAUAAGGAGGAGAAGAAGACGAAGAAGCGUGGAAUGCUGGCUUGGUUUAAGCUCAGGAGAAACGAAAAUUUACACGUUAGUCCGGCCACGAGUUUGGAUAAUGAGCACUCUCCAAUCGUCUCACCUGGAUCCGUCAAUGCUGCAUUCGAGCAAAGUUUUGAUUUCAAAGGGUCUCGUCGAAAGUCUAUAAGUAGAAGAGUCGAUGAAAUGCUGCCUGCUGCUGAUUCUUUCCCAGAACCAACACAAGCUGGAGAGCUCUUUAGUGCCACUGUUCGAGGACGAAGACCACCACCCACUGGUACAACAAUGGCGGAUCAAAUGGACCUCCUCCGAGAGCAAGUAAAGAUGAUUGCAGGUGAAGUUGCCCUGUGUACCAGCUCUUUGAAACGGCUUUCGGAACAAGCUGUGAACAAUCCUGAUGACGUCCAGGUUCAAAGCCAGAUGCAAAAACUUAAGGAUGAAAUUCAGGAGAAAAGACGACAGAUGAAGUUACUUGAGCAGCGCAUUGGAAGCGCAGACGCUCUGCCUUCAACUGCGUCCCCCUUUGAGAUGUCACAGACUAUCUCUAAGCUGAUGAGCCAGCUGAACGAGAAGGCAUUCGAAUUGGAGAUCAAAACUGCUGACAAUCGCAUACUCCAAGAGCAACUGCAAUCCAAAGCUGUGGAAAUUAAUGAGAUGCAGGACACUAUCCAUUCGCUUCGCUCACAGCUUUCUACGGCACUGGAGAAGAAGGUUCACCACCACAGGAACGGCGAUAGCCUAGUGGACAACACUGAAGAAGCGGGUGGAUGGUUGAACACUGGAGGCCUGUCAGGUGAACUUAGGUUUGUGGAAACAGGUUCCGAUGCCGGACGGCCUACCUCCAGGGGCAGCUCUCGCGACUUCAAUGAUAGCGAGUGUGCUAGUUUGCAGUCGCAAAUACUUCAACAGGCAACUGAGAUCGACAAGUUGAAACAAGAGAGGACGAGGUGGCAGGAAGAACGGGAGAAACUAAAGCAAGAGAAGAUUCGACUACAGGAAGAGAAAGGUUGCUUACAGAUUGAAGGGCAACAGCUUGCCGACGAGGCUGCUUUUGCCAGAGAGCUGGCCUCGCGGGCUGUGGUGGAGCUGAAGAAUUUAGCUGAUGAGGUCACAAAGCUUUCUUAUCAAAAUGCCAAGCUUUCCAACGAUCUCUCCACUGCACAAGAGCUGGCAUUUGCUGCCAGAUUAUCGCCAAAGCUAAAACAUACCGCUAACAAGGAAUGUCAAACAGAUCAAGAGAUACCGCUUGACAUUCCCCUCAUUGACACUGACAGAAAUAUGAAUGGGUUCCUCGAUGACAUUGGUAGCUGGACGUUGGAUUCAGAACCUCUGCUUGAUGACAUAAAACGAGAGCUCAAGGCAUCUAAGGAGAAGGAAGCAGCCUUGGAGUUAGCUCUGUUAGAGAAGGAAAGGAAGGAAGCUGAAUUAGUGAAGAAGGUCAAUGAGGCAAAACAACACGAGACAGAUUUGGAAAAUGAUCUGGCAGGAAUGUGGGUCCUUGUGGCACAACUGAAAAAGGAGAAGGAAAUGACAGAUCUACGACAAGGCCCUCUUCAAGACGAUUUGAGGAGCAAAGGUGGUGAUGACUUUCUUUUGCUAACUAACGAUACCAACGUUACGAAAGUGAAGGAUGGUCAGGAUCAACCAAGUACAUUGGAGGACAUCAAAUCUCAGCUGGAGCAAGAAAGACAACGAGCCCAAGAACUGGAAACGAUCGUACUGCAUCUGAAGAGUGAAGAGUUGGAUGAUCUGGACAUUGACUCACUCUAUGAGCUACAAAAUGUUCAUGUCGAAGCCCUGACCAAGUUGUGCCAAGCUAAGGGACGACAACAGAAGAAAUUAGAAAAGGAAAGGCUAGAAAGAGAGAGAGUGGAGAAAGAAAGAGAACGUGAAAGAGAAAGGGAAUUGCAGGCCAAAAUGCAGCUUGACAUAGUACCGAUUAAGGGAGUCGAACAAGAGUUACAUGAAGAGGAACGAAAUGUCUGUAAAGUCUGCUUUGAAUCUCCAACAGCCGCAGUUCUUCUUCCUUGCCGACACUUCUGCCUGUGUAAGACAUGUGCAGUCGCCUGCACUGAGUGUCCACUCUGUAGAAGUGCCAUAACUGAUCGUAUUGUCACCUACACAUCCUAAUACAUAAUCUUUUCCUUUGGUGAAGCUAGAAAGGUGAGGUAGUGGGUAUUUACUAUGUAAAGGUAGUCGGGCACAAGUUCAGCCAUGUAGAAAUGAGAAUGUCCAAGGACUCUCAAUACAUCAUUCUUUUAAACAAUAGAUUAUGUUAGAUCUGUAAUGUUACCAACCUCAAAAUCCUCUAGAAAUAGAUGAACCCUGUUCCCGUGUCACAAGUGGCUGAUAAAGCUUCUCAAGCAGUGAACCGCUUGAAUGGAAUACCCAAAAUUCAUGCAUCUCAGCGCCGUUUUGGGGCACAUAUGUCCCUAUGUAACUUAACUCGUUGCCCACACCAUCGGAGGUGAAGAAUUUAAAUUAGGCGCACGCCUACCCAGGGUUGUGUAAGCUACCCAGGUUGUAUUUAUCAUCGCCAAUUGAUGUUCUCCCAUAUUUGACAAUUAUGCCAACUGUUGAGAAGCAGGUAUACGCUUAUGUGCUCUCAAUUAUUUAAUCAUCUC